GAGUGUGGACAUAAACAAGGAUUUAAAUACCUCCGUGUCCUGGACUUGAUAAAACCCCCCACUGCUCCAGCAAAUCGCGUUAUUUGAUUUGAUUCACUCAUCAUGCAAUCCUGGGACGACUUCUUCGAGUCACCGACACCCAGCCCUACCGAGUCUCACAACACACCCGUAAGAGAGCGCCCUCCUCAUCCAGGGCACCACCAUCCCGGGAACAAACCAGGCCACUGGGGCAAUGCUCCGGAGGAUAGGAACCCCCAAAUUUUACCACUUACCAACGCGAAUAUGAGUCAUGUCGGUGUUUCCACCGGCAGGGGUGCUGGCCCGGCACGGGGCAGAGCCACCCCACUGAGCCAUUUCUCGCCUUAUCAACGAUCCUCGCCCGCGCAGCCGAUCCCGCAAGCUGACUCGCCCGAGAUGGAUGGAACGGCCAAUCGCGGGGAGCCGAAUCAAUCGACUGAUCCUAUCGGCAGGAACCGACGACUCAGGGGUCUCCAAAGACAGCUCGGAAUCAGCAACGAGGUCUAUGCUCAAGCCGAGCAUUUGUUUGAUAUCCCCCUCGCCGAUCGCUGGCCAGCUAUGGUGCUCCUCUUAUUGCAUUCGAGUCAGCCGGGCUCGAUUUUUCCCGAGCCGACUUCGGUUUCUCCCGAGCCAUCUGAUCACUCGCAUCUGCAGCUUCGAGACCAAUACAGUCCUCAACUCAGAGCCUUCAUACGCAAUCAGCUCGGCCAGAUCUUGUUGCGCGCUGAUCUCGAGUCUUACGGACGCGCAGGAGCUCGGAUGAGCCGGUUCAUAAGCAAGGCACCUGCACUGAUCAUGAAGAAAUUCAUCGAUGACCAGCCGGAAUCCGUGCGCGUAAACUACUUGCCUAGCGAUUUUGAGACCAGCUCCGCGGCGACGGCCGAGCUGAUGAAGCUCAUCCGGGAGCUCCUGAAGGACGAGAAGAACGCGUUUGCCGACGCCAUCCUUCUGGGCACGCAGGCGGUCUCCGCGGGGCACCACCGGCCGAUGCCGACUCUGGACCAGUUGGUCAUCCACGUCUUUCGAGAGAUGGACUUGACGAUGAGUCAGCUGUCGGAUGCGCAGAUCAACAGCCACCCCAAGAUGACCCACAAAGUCAAGGUUCGAAUCGCUUAUCUCAGAUUCCUACUGAACGUCCAUCGUCGCCAGCUUAGAAACCCCGCGGGCUUCUGGGAGCUCAUCGACAAGGAUCUCGAGGAAAGACGCAGGAAAUCGCCGGCUUACAAGGCCGCGUUUGUCCACCUGAUCCUCCAGAAGGAUCGCAAGCUCUGGAAUGGCUCUCACAUGAUCUCCGACGUCCCUGCUGAAGCCCAGGGCUUGCCUACCGAGCCAGAGAUCAUCGCCCAUCUCGAAAGCAUUCAGCAAAUAUCCGGUCACUAUCUCAACCGACCCCGCUCCUCAUAACAAAUCUUUGCAAUCAAUCGAAACAAACACUGAUUUAACAUUUUCCACCAUAAACCAUCUAUAAUGCAUACCGUCAUUAUUUUUUUUACACCUGCUUUGUGAAUGACUGAAGGCCCAAAAGAUUGCUCAAGUACAUCUCAAGUGAAGUACACACUCAUCCAGAGUUUUUAAAUAAAAAACAAAGCAUCCCAACUUAGCCCCUGGCCUCUCCAUGUAGAGGAGCUAUUUUACUCCCAUGUUAUACUUUGUUUCCGGCUUCUUUCUGAAAAAAAAAAUGAAAUUUUACAGUAGAGGUGAGACGAGACC